UUGCUCUCAACCACCAUCAAUUCAUCGCGAAUUUCCAAGUGAGUUUGAAAUUGAAAAUAAUUUUUUGUCGAAAUGAAAAAAGUGUGCCAACACGGUGACGCGCAAAUGCAUACAUUUAUUUUUUUUUUAAUUUUUUUUUUGAAAAGCACGUGUUUAUUUACACGUGUCGAAAAAUGAAUGUCUUUUGAAAAAUGGCUUCAUUAUUACAUAAUUCGCGUAUAAUUUUUAUUAAAAAACUUAUUUUUCAAUUACAAAAUUUAAUUUUUUAUUCCAGGUUGGCUGCCAGCAAACGCGCUCCGUCGGACAAUGCAAGUUGUGGAUACGGUAAGUAUUUAUGAUAAAAUAAAUGAGAACUUCUGAAAUAUCCAAUGAGAAACUUAUAAAAUUCAGAAUUUUCUUGAUUUUCUUUUUUAAAUAGGAAAUCUUGAAAACUCUGCAUUUUAUCAGUUAUUGUUUGGAAUUUCAGCGGAGAUGCGGAAGCUAUGCCCAAUUUUUUAAAUUUUUAUUCAAAAACUUAUACAAAAUUCAAUUUGUUUAUUCCAGGUUGGCUGCCAACAAACGCGCUCCAUCAGACAAUCCAAGUUGUGGAUACGGUAAUAAUUUAUGAUAAAAUAAAAGAGAACUUCUGAAAUAUCCAAUAAGAAACUAAUAAAAUUCAGAAUUUUCUUGAUUUUGAUCUGCUAUAGUUUCAAAAAUAAAAAAGUCAUUUCCAUUUUUUUGAAUUUCAAAUUUUUCGAAUUAUUUAACCAGUUUUGUUCUUCUCUCGAGAUAAAGAAUCCAGUUCCAUCCAUCUUUGUUUUCUGUUUUCAUCCAUCACCGAAACAAUUUUUCUCUUUUAUUUUCUUUUUUGUUCAAUCAAUAAUUCACACGGUGUUCCCAUAUAUUAUUUAUCUGUCCUUCAAAAAAGUGUCAAAAUAUCAUGUCUGCGUCUCUCUUUCCCAUCCCCUUUUAUAAUAUCCCCUUUCUCCGACCUGUACAAAUAUAACUUUUUCUUUUUUCUUUUUAUUGAUUUUUCCUGGUUGAUUCGAACUUUUUUCCGUGAAUGAAAUAAAAUAUAAACAAAAAAUUUCUUUUUGUUUUUUUUUUCAUCGGGGUCAUGAUUUAUUGAUUUUAUAAAUGUUUUGGAAUUUUUUUCUGAUACAUACAUGUUGUUUCAUUUCAAAAUUUUAAUUUUUGUUUCAGCCUCGCUCAAAAAUGGGUUUUCGAGCCCAGAUUUUAUUGAUUCUAUUGCCAAUUUUGGGGCUCGCACAAGAUUUGGAUUUAUCAUGGAAGGCUGAUAUUUUUGCGUCGCAAAUGGAGAAACAGAUGGAGGAAAAUGAUGCGUUGACACGGUAUUUUGGAAAUAGCAAAAAGGAUACAAAUUAUUUUCCAUCGUGGGAGUCGAUGAAACAAAAGUUGGUUUUUUAGACUUCAAAUACACUAACCUAACUAAUUUCUACUUGACUUAACUAGAACUUAACUGACGUAAGUUAGUUAGUUAAUUUAGCUUAAGACUACAAAUUAUAUUUUAAAAGUGAAAAUAAUCCUGAAAUAACACUCACUGGAAAUUCUUUCAAAAAAAAAAUCUCAAUUUUGCCACGUCAUAACUUUUCAAUUGAUUAGCGUGGAGUUUUUCUGCACAUUUUAUACUUGUAUCUAUUCUUAUUUUUUUCAUUAAUAUAUCAAAUUCUGAAAAAAAUUCAUGAAAAAUAAUGAAAUUUUGAAACGUAUGAAAUUCUGGUUCAUUGUAAACCAAUUUUUUUGAGUUAAAAAUUCUGGAAACAAUUUUUUCCGCUUUUAUAAAAUUCAAGAAUUCGAAAAAUUGCCACGUCAUAACUUUUAAAUUGAUUAGCGCGGAUUUUUUCUGCACAUUUUAUACUUGUAUUUAUUAUUAUUUCGCAAAUACAUAGAUCAAAUUUUGAAAAAAUUCAUAAAAAAUAAUAAAAUUUUGAAACGUAUGAAAUUCUGGUUCAAUGAAAACUAAUUUUUUUGAGUUAAAAAUGUUGGAAAAACAUUUUUUCCGCUCUUAUAAAAUUCAAGAACUCGAAAAAUUGCCACGUCAUAACUUUUCAAUUGAUUAGUGCGGAUUUUUUCUGCACAUUUUAUACUUGUAUCUAUUAUUAUUUUUUCAUUAAUAUAUCAAAUUCUGAAAAAAUUCAUGAAAAAUAAUGAAAUUUUGAAACGUAUAAAAUCCUCGGAUUUUUUUUCUUCAAAAACUGAGCCAAAUUAAUUUUUACAGAGUUGGAAAUUUCGAAAACGUCAACUCGACAAAAAUCCGAAAUCACAAUUAUUCCGACAUGACAGCUUGGUUGAAACAAGUUAGCCUAAAUUACCCAAAUAUAACACAUCUGUAUUCGGCUGGAAAAUCAGUUGAAGGAAGAGAACUUUGGGUUUUGAUUGUGUCUGAUAAUCCGAGAGAACAUGAAUUAUUGGAGCCGGAAUUGAAAAUUGUUGGAAAUAUGCAUGGAAAUGAGGUUGUUGGAAGAGAAGCACUUUUAUAUCUUAUUGAUGUGCUGUGUCAGAACUAUGGGAAGAAUGAGUAUUUGACUGAUGUGAGUUGGAUUUUGUCUGAAAUUUUUUUGAAAAAACACAACUUCAAUCAAUUUUUUCGUUUUUCUAGCUGGUCAACAGUUCCCGAAUGCAUUUCAUGCCUUCAAUGAAUCCCGAUGGUUAUGAGAAGGGUUUGCCUGGAGAUCGGAUUGGUUAUAUGGGAAGAGCCAAUGCGAAUGACGUGGAUUUGAAUCGCAAUUUCCCCGCAAUGUAUCCUGAACAUCGAGAACAAUCUGGAGGAACUGAUCCGGAAAAGUUGGUUUUUCUAGAUUUUUAAUUUAUUUAAAAAGAAUUCCCAAAAAAGUGUUUUUUAGAGAGAACAUCGCUGUUAUGUCUUGGCUGAAAGCUUAUCCAUUUGUUUUGUCAGCGAAUCUACACGGUGGUUCUUUGGUGGCAAAUUAUCCCUACGAUGAUUCAGUUACGGGGAAAGAUGGGAUUUAUACAAUGGUAAGUUCCAGAAGAUUUCUAGAUGUUUCAUAUCAUCGAAAAUCUACCACGCGCUCCACCGAAAUAAACAAGCAACGCAGACCGCGCCGCGCCACAACACACACAAAAAAGGGAACGAUUCAAAUUCCCUCCAUUUUUGUGUGUGUUGUGGCGCGACGCGGUCUGCGUUGCGUGUUUAUUUCGGUGGAGCGCGUGGUACCGAUGAGAUUUUCGAUAAUAACUAGAAAAUUUUCAGAGUCCCGAUGACAAAUUAUUUGUUGAAUUAAGUUAUCGAUACGCACGAGCCCACACAAAAAUGUGGAAAACCGGAAGACGUUGUGGACUCUCAGCCGACGGUGACAAUUUCAUAAAUGGUAUCACAAAUGGUGCUGGAUGGUAUCAUUUGGCUGGUGGAAUGCAAGAUUGGCAAUAUGAGCAUACGAAUAGUUUGGAAAUCACAAUUGAGAUGGGUUGCUUUAAGUUUCCAACAGAUGAUAUGUUACCGAAAUUAUGGGAAGAACAUCAGUUCUCAAUGCUUUCGUUUUUGGAAAUGGGAUUGAGUGGGAUUUAUGGGAUUGUGAAGGAUCGAAAUAAUAAUCCACUUGCGAAUGCGACUAUUUCAAUUGAAAAUGGGAAGGAUAUUAAAGCUACGGAGAAGGGAGAAUAUUGGCGGCUUUUAUCACCGGGAGAUCAUACGAUUACUGUGACUGCUAGUGGUGUUGAAACUGAUUCAUUCACAGUUACAGUUGCUGCUGGAGAAAGAAGUGUUAGGCAUGAUGUGACGCUUUUGGGAUGUGGAGAUAAUGAAACGAGGUCGGAUUUGUAUGUUAGAGGAAAUGGGAAGAAUCGAAUUGUUAUUACAUCUUUUGAUGAUUUGUGAGUUUUUUUUCGAUUUUCAAAUAUUGAUGAAUGUGAGGAUCAAAAUGAAAAUAGCUCACAAAAAAAAUUAAAAACAGAAAAAAAAAGAUAAGUGGCCGAGGUAUUUAGAUGGCCGAGAACUGUCUGCGAUUCGGCCAUUGCAACAAACUUGCUCUAAUCUUUCGAAAAUCAUCAUUUUUGUUAGCUUUGGACGAGUUUCCGACAUUUCUCGGCCACCCAAAAUACUUCGACCACAUAUAUCUUUCAUUUUUGCUCAUAAUUUUCGUUUCCGGACCAUUUAAAUCUAAAAUUUUCAGAGGAAAACAAGUGAUUCAACAAUUGGCUGUUCUAACAUGCUCCGCUGAUUUUUCAUUUGACAAGGAUCUCACGGUUAUGCUAAUUCCGAAAUCUGAUGAUGGAUUGAAGACUAGAAUCAAGGAAUUCGACCCGGCUGUGGUUUUAAUAAUCAGCGAGGGAUUUGUGGAAACUGUAACUUUCAGUGUUUCGGAAAAUGAGCCGAGACUUUUCGAUAAAUCAAAAUUGGAUGAAAGUUUGACGAAAGCUAUUGGUAAUAGUGGAGAAUGUGAGAGAAAAUUAUUAGAAUCCAAACUCGCUUUACAUGUUGAUGGUUUGCAAUUGAAGAAACCUUUCGAAUUGGGAAUUGGAAUCGGAUGUUCAGCUGGAGAUCUUUCGAAGAAAGCCGCAACCGUUGGAACUAUCACAAAUGUUAUCAAAAAUGAGUUAACCAAGGAUAGCGUCAGCGAGUUUUCUAUUGUACCAUCGGCUCAACCGACUGAUCAUUUCACACCAGAUCGAACGAUUUUAGUGACUGAUGCGGCUGUCGCUCAACUGGAGAAAAAUAAAUGUGUCACUGAAAUUGGUGGCUCACCUUUGAGAUUAUAUCAAAUGGGAAGUGGAAAAGCACCGUAUACAUUGAUUGCGUCGGUUGAAAAACGAACAGAAGCGAUGGUUUAUGAGAUGAUGUCUACAUGGUGUAAUGAAGAAAAUAAAGUGAAAAAUGAGAUUUUACAUGAUUCCACGUUGAUUUUCCUACCAGAAAUACCACAUACUCAAUUAAAUUGUCAUGAUUAUGAGACAAUUUCACCAUUCAAACCACUUAUUGAUGAUGUUCUGGUAGCUGUUCCGAAAAUUGAUUUCACAAUAAUUCUCUCAACUGGUGGAAUGAAAGUGAGAUUUAUCAAUGAGACACUUGGAGUUGCGCAAAGAAUUGCGGAGGUUUAUAAAUCGGGACAUGAUUCGAUGAGAGGAUCAGUGAGUGAUGGAUGUUCGAGAAGUAUGCGGAAUCAACAGGAAUCAAUUAAGGAAUUCUCGUGGAAUGAUGAAGUUUCGAGAAUGGAUAAUUCAGGAGUUGAACGUAAGAUUUUUCAAUUUUUUUUCGAAAUUUUGAUUUUUUUAAAAUUUUUCUGAAAAUUUUUUGGUGGAUUUGUAGGUCAAAAUUAGUUUUUUUCUAGUUUUUCAGCCAAAAAUGAUGACAAAUCAAUAUUUUUCAAGCUUCUGGAGUAAUUUCUGAUUAAAAUUGACUUUGAAAUUCACUUUCAAAAGUUUUUGCACCAAAAAUUUUGCUGAUUUUUCGUAAAAUAAAAUAAUUUUAAAUUUUGAUGAAUUUCGAAAAAAGCAAAAAGGGUUCCCGAAGCUUAUUUUCAUCAGAAAUUUCUCCAAAAACUUGAAAAAUAUUGAUUUGUCAUCAUUUUCGGCUGAAAAACUCGAAAAACUAAUUUUGACCGACAUUUUUUGACUUUUUGUGAAUCAGCCCUCUAGAAAUACUAUAGAAAAACUACCCAAAAAAACAAUUUUCACAAAAUUUUGCAGAUCGAACUGAUAAAAUCGACGCGGUUCUUGCUCAAGUUGGCUGCUGCUACGAAAACAUGGCCAGCGGUCAUCUUUACAGUGAAAAUCGACAAUCACUUCUGAAUUCGUUGAAAGAAAGAACUCGUGGUGUUCGAAUAAUCGGUGGAAUCGCUGGAAUGUCAGUUUCUGUCGAUCAUAUGCACGCAAGUCUUCCACUUGUGAAUGGCGAACGAUUUAUCGCUUUGCCAAAUGGAGAACAUACUGUGAAAGUGCGGACAGCUGGUGGACAAACAUUCACCAAAUUUACUGUUGAGGUAGAUUUCACGAUCGAUUCUGAUACAGAAAAUCAUCUUUUACUUUUUUAGAUCUCCGAUCAAAAUAUGACAAUCGAAAAACAACUCAACAAAUCGUCAUCAAAUUUAUUGAUUGUGGCAAUUUGCUCAUUGCUUCUUCUAAUCGCCUGUCUUUUCAUGUGUCGACAAAGAGUCACUUCGGUUUUGAAUCGAAGAGGAUUUUUCAAUGGUAAGCUAUUUAUUUCACUUCUUAAACAUCGGUAAAGAAAAAAUUUAGGAAUCGGCUCGAAAAAAGGUUUCGAACGAAUUCCCCUCUACAAAUCCGACGAUGAAGACGAAGAAGAUGUUUUUGAAUUCCAGAAACUGUGA